UCGAAGACCUUUCCCGAUUGCUGCACGGAUUGCGCCAACACCGCCGCCUGCCACCACAACGCUGCAAUUUUACACGCCAUAUUCUACACCCCUGAUUCUGGCGAUGGCACCAUCCUCCCCCUUGUUCCCCAUCUUGUUUCCCCCUGGCCCGCACCAUCCUCCCCCUUGUUCCCCACCUUCCUUCCCCCCAUUCCCCAUCUUGUUUCCCCCUGGCCCGCACCAUCCUCCCCCUUGUUCCCCAUCUUGUUUCCCCCUGGCCCGCACCAUCCUCCCCCUUGUUCCCCACCUUCCUUCCCCCCAUUCCCCAUCUUGUUUCCCCCUGGCCCGCACCAUCCUCCCCCUUGUUCCCCACCUUCCUUCCCCCCAUUCCCCAUCUUGUUUCCCCCUGGCCCGCACCAUCCUCCCCCUUGUUCCCCACCUUCCUUCCCCCCAUUCCCCACCUUGUUUCCCCCUGGCCCGCACCAUCCUCCCCCUUGUUCCCCACCUUCCUUCCCCCCAUUCCCCAUCUUGUUUCCCCCUGGCCCGCACCAUCCUCCCCCUUGUUCCCCACCUUCCUUCCCCCCAUUCCCCACCUUGUUUCCCCCUGGCCUGCACCAUCCUCCCCCUUGUUCCCCACCUUCCUUCCCCCCAUUCCCCAUCUUGUUUCCCCCUGGCCCGCACCAUCCUCCCCCUUGUUCCCCACCUUCCUUCCUCCCAUUCCCCACCUUGUUUCCCCCUGGCCCGCACCAUCCUCCCCCUUGUUCCCCACCUUCCUUCCCCCCAUUCCCCACCUUGUUUCCCCCUGGCCCGCACCAUCCUCCCCCUUGUUCCCCACCUUCCUUCCCCCCAUUCCCCACCUUGUUUCCCCCUGGCCCGCACCAUCCUCCCCCUUGUUCCCCACCUUCCUUCCCCCCAUUCCCCACCUUGUUUCCCCCUGGCCCGCACCAUCCUCCCCCUUGUUCCCCACCUUCCUUCCCCCCAUUCCCCACCUUGUUUCCCCCUGGCCCGCACCAUCCUCCCCCUUGUUCCCCACCUUCCCUCCCCCCAUUCCCCACCUUGUUUCCCCCUGGCCCACACCAUCCUCCCCCUUGUUCCCCACCUUCCUUCCCCCCAUUCCCCACCUUGUUUCCCCCUGGCCCGCACCAUCCCCCCCUUUGUUCCCCACUUUCCUUCCCCCCAUUCCUCACCAUCCUUCCCCCACUUCCUCACCUUCCUUCCCCCCAUUCCUCACCGUGCUUCCCCCCUUCCCCACCUUCCUUUCCUUCCCCAUUCCUCACCUUCCUCCCUCCGCCAGGCAUGGCGCGACGUGUGCGCAGGCGCACAGGUCAACCACCCGAAGUACAUCACCCGGAUUGGGCUUCAGGAGCGUGAGGAGGUAAAUGGUGUUGAGCGGGGUAUAACAAAAACCCAGGUUGGAGGCUAG